CUCUAAAAAAACCUGCUUCCUAUAUAAUUAAGCCCAGACCCCUCCCUUAGAGAGAGAGAGAGAGAGAGAGAGAGAGAGAGGAACAGAGAUGGAAAGCCAGAACAGAGAUGCAUUGGCGACGGAGGCUCCUCUUGCGCCUGUUACUAGGCAGCGCAAGGUUCAGACUGAUUUGGAGACUAAGCUUCCUAAGCCUUAUAUGGCCAGAGCAUUGGCUGCUCCUGAUACAGAGCAUCCAUACGGAACACCAGGCCGUUUGCAUCAUGGAUUGAGUGUUUUGCAGCAACAUGUAGCCUUCUUCGACAUGGACAACAAUGGGAUUGUUUAUCCUUGGGAGACUUAUACGGGAUUAUGUGCAAUUGGUUUCAACAAAGUUGUAUCUCUUAUAUUUGCCGUCGCUGCCAAUGGAGCUUUGAGUUACCGUACUCUUCCUGGAUGGAUACCUUCUCCUUUUCUCCCAAUAUACAUUGCCAACAUUCAUAGAGCCAAGCAUGGAAGUGACUCUGGAACUUACGACACAGAAGGAAGGUUUAUGCCAGUGAAUUUUGAGAACAUAUUUAGCAAGUAUGCUCGAACCGUGCCCAACAAACUCACACCUGGAGAACUCUGGGGCAUGACGGAAGGCAACCGAGUGGCGUUUGGCUUUUUUGGCUGGAUUGUGAAUAAGGUGGAGUGGGGACUUCUGUACUUUCUCGCUAGGGAUGAGGAAGGUUACCUUUCGAAAGAGGCGAUAAGGCGCUGCUUUGAUGGGAGUUUGUUCGAAUACUGCGCCCAAAUGCACAUGGGAGCUGAGGGGAAGAUGGGCUGAAUCACCAUUGGCUUCCAUGGUGUUUAUGAAAAAUAUGAAGGCUUAAGUAGUUCUCUAGUAAUCUAAAAGGUGAAAACUUUGCUACGUGCUAACUUUGUUGUGGCCGAAUAUAUGUACGUUUGACACGGUCCUUUGAAUCAAAGCAUCAAGAAAAUAAAAAACUGAUUACCUGGUU